UUUUCAUUACAAAAUCAAUUGAUAUUCACGUAGGCUAAAUAAAAAGGAAAAAGAAAAACACCUACUGUCCUCCCAACCCAAAGACAACCACUGUUCUUAGCCUGAAAUAUUGUUCACAGAAAACAAGAUUACCUUUUUACCCCAAAAGAUGAAACCAACUGGGUUACUUUCAAAAGACAACCAAGUGAGCACUGCAGACUGAUGAGCAGAAUCAGUAAGAACGUGAUUUUGGUGCUUUUAACUUUGACAAGUUCUGCAUUUCUGCUAUUUCAGUUGUACUACUACAAGCACUAUUUGUCAACGAAGAAUGGAUCUGGUUUAUCAAAAUCCAAAGGAAGCCAAAUUGGAUUUGACAGAACACAGUGGCGUGCAGUUAAAAAAUUUAUUAUGCUAACAUCCAGUCAAAAUGUACCCGUGUUCCUUAUUGAUCCUUUGAUUCUGGAAUUGAUUAAUAAAAACUUUGAACAAGUCAAGAAUACUUCUCAUGCCUCCUCCACUUCAGAAUGCAAGUUUUUCUGUGUUCCAAGAGACUUUACUACAUUUGCACUACAGUAUCAACUAUGGAAGAAUGAGGAAGGCUGGUUUCGGAUAGCUGAAAAUAUGGGAUUUCAGUGCCUAAAGAUCGAGAGCAAGGACCCCCGGCUGGAUUGGAUAGACUCACUUUCUGGAACUGAAAUUCCCCUGCACUACAUCUGCAAAUUGGCCAGUCAUGCCAUCCACUUGGUGGUCUUUCAUGAGAGGAGCGGCAACUAUCUCUGGCAUGGCCAUCUACGGCUGAAAGGACACAUCGACAGGAAGUUUGUUCCUUUUCGAAAGUUACAGUUUGGUCGUUAUCCUGGAGCUUUUGACAGGCCAGAGUUACAACAAAUUACUGUUGAUGGAUUAGAUGUUCUCAUUCCAAAAGAUCCAAUGCACUUUCUAGAAGAAAUACCACACUCUAGAUUUAUUGAGUGUAGGUAUAAAGAAGCUCGAGCAUUCUUUCAGCAAUACCUUGAUGAUAACACUGUGGAAGCUAUGACCUUUCGGAAGCAUGCAAAGGAAUUGUUGCAACUAGCAGCCGAAACAUUAAAGAAGUUGGGAGUACGGUUCUGGCUGAGCAGUGGAACUUGUCUAGGAUGGUAUCGGCAAUGCAGCAUUAUUCCGUAUAGUAAAGAUGUUGACCUAGGAAUUUUUAUACAGGAUUACAAAUCUGAUAUUAUUUCAGCAUUUCAAGAUGCAGGACUCCCACUCAAACACAAAUUUGGGAAGGUAGAAGACAGCUUGGAAUUGUCUUUCCAAGGAAAAGAUGAUGUAAAACUUGACAUUUUUUUCUUCUAUGAAGAGACUGACCAUAUGUGGAAUGGAGGCACUCAGGCCAAAACAGGAAAAAAGUUUAAAUACCUGUUUCCCAAGUUUACACUGUGCUGGACUGAGUUUGUAGACACAAAGUUUCGUGUGCCCUGUGAAACUGUUGAAUACAUUGAAGCCAACUAUGGUAAGACCUGGAAGAUUCCUAUAAAGACAUGGGACUGGAAGCGUUCUCCCCCCAACGUGUGGCCCAAUGGAGUCUGGCCUAUUUCUGAGUGGGAUGAAGUUAUCCAAUUGUACUGAGAUAGUAGGUCAAAAUGGUAUUAAUAGAAUUCCCCCCCUGCACAAAAGGGAGAUGACUGUUUAAAAAAAGAUACAUGUCAAACAUAAGUAGGAACCAAAGAAAUAUGAGAAGUUUGAAGAUACAGAGAGUCCUAACUCCUGAGCCAUCUGCUAUAAUUCUCUCAUCUGAUAUUUAUUAGAGUCUCCAUGUGCCAAGUGCAAUGCUAGGUUACAGUGGAGAGGCAGAAAUGAGUGAGACAGAUGUCUGCCUCUUUCUCCCCUCCCUUUGGUAAGCAACCCAGUUCCUUUGAGGGAAACCCCCUCACUCUUUGAAGAAUGUUCCUUUUAUAGAAUAUGAUAUGUUCUAUAAGUGCUUUCAGAAAGUUCAAUGUUUGUAUUGGAAGGUGGGCUUACCAGGUGCAACUAAGGAAGGGUAUACACCAGUAAAAAGGAAUAACUCCUUUAAGCCUGUAUAUUAGGGCUACUUUUAGGGUUGUGGAGGCUGAGUUAAUAAUCAAGUGGUCAGAUUUCAGGUGAUGUCAAGAAAAGAUGUGAGGCAGUACCUUUUACAAGCAACCUGGUGUGGAAUUGAUUUAGAGCACAGGGCAUCAUAUAAGAAAAUGACAGUUUAUUUCUAGUCUUGUCAAAGAUAUGUAAAUUUCCAUACACCUUCUAUUUUCAUAUUUGAAGUGAAAAGAAAGCUUAUGUGUGUGUGAUGCUUCAAUUUAUGGCCAUUGUGAGAAUAUUUUCAUUGACCUGAUGGUACUUGUUUGACAAAUCAUUCAAGUGAGACUAUGCUACCAGACAUGAUUUCUAAAGGGCUAUGAUUUCAUAAAACUUAUUUUCCUUAUUUCAUUCUCAAUCAGUAGGUAAAAUAUGAGUGAUUCAUGGUCACUUAAUAUUUUCUGAAUUUAUAAUCCUUAUAAAUCCCAAUUUAAAUGUUAACCCUAAAAUAUUAAUAGAAAUACCUCUACUUUUUCUAAAUGUACUCCUCACUGUAUUUAUUCAUCAAUUACAGUUCCAUAUCUUUCACUUAUGGCCUAUGAACCAAUUUCCAUGAUAUGUAAGCCUGCCUGUUCCCCUCCUCUUCCAACACUACAUUAGGACUCCAAAAUGCACAUAAGUGGCAAACCUGGCAGCUUGCCCACCUGAGAUCAUCGAGUUUGUAAAGUUUGUAUCCAUUCCCAGUUGUCCUAUCUAUUGAACAUUGCGGGCGAGGGCAAGAACUGAGACAUCCCUGCUUUAUCAUGUACCGCCCACUCUGAAACCCUUGGUUUCUUCUCCCUUGAAGAUACAUCUCUGAGUGGCCUGAGAUGGCUGUGUCUCCCCAUCUCUUCAUGAGUCACUUUGAUUGCAUAUUCUCGGUGGCAGGUAAAGGGAUAUCAGGCACCGGAAGCAUGCUGUUUUUUCUUUGUCCAGGAUAGGAAGCCAUCUUAUAUUUUAUCUAGGCUGCUUAGGGCUACUUUCUGGACCAAACUGGCAGAUUUUCCUCUAAAACUAAAGAAUAAUAGUCAUAUCAUAGAUGGAAACCAGAAGACAGAAUGGGCUGAAAGUUUUCCUAAAGCAAAGUUGAGGAAAGCCACAACCUAUGACCACACCACUCCAAAUUAAAAAAUAACAAAAACUUUUUUUGAUACAUAAUAACCAGUGUUCUUCCUCUCUUAGGAUGAACUUUCAGUGCAUUGUCAUUGGGUCUACUCAUAAAUAACAUAAUUAAGUUUUUAGGGUUACCAGUAAACUUGUCCCCAGAUGACAGGUGAUUGUAAUCAGCUUUCUCUUUGCUAGAGAAUCAGCCCAUAGAAAUUAUACCCAAAUUCUAAAUAGCUGAACCUUAACUUCUCUUUUUCAUGAUCGAAAAAUUUUAACAGGUGUUAUUAGUGUUCCUGGGCAAAAUCCACCUUGUUUAGUGAGAAACGUUAGUGAGAAGCACAAACUUAACUUCUAGAAGUGCAUACACAACACAUUUCUACCCAUUUCAGGUUGGGUUUCCCGCUGUUCACUAGGGUAGGAAGGUCUUACCCACUCUCUGUAUAGGUUAUUUCUUUUUAUCUGUCCCUGAAGGGUUCAGAAUCGAAACUAUCUUGUCCACAUUGAUAGAGGUUCCAUAUCUAUUCCCCUGUACACAACUGGCUGCUCAAAUACCUUUUUUUUUUACUGCCUUCUGGUUUCACAGGCUUUAGAUCUUGGAUCCUACCCUAAGUUGGCAGAAUGCAAGGCCUUCCCUAAACUCUGAAGGCCAGGGUUGCUCUGAUACAGAUUGUUAUACUUCAUUCCGUGCUUCUUAACCAUUGCACUCUGCUAAGUGACCAGAAACCUUGGAUCCACUAAUCAGCACCUCCUCAGAUCACUUUUCUUUCCUCACCUGCGUAUUCCAACAGUAAUUUUCCUAAUCUGACCAUUUCCGUGUACAGUUUGCCUGGCUUACCAGGAGAAAACCUCUUGUGUUAACUUGGUAGAAGUUAUACAUCCAUGGAUGUCCCCAGAGAGGUCCUGAGAGUCAAGAUUGACAGUCUCUCACUUGACAACCAGGUGGCCACUCGUUCCUUCUCUAAGCGGGGAGCUCAUGUCCUUCUCUCCUCUACUGCAACUGCUGACGUCAGGAUCCAGGAAUAAAAUCUCAGUUCUCCAGAUGGAGCCAUCCUGAGAAGCUGAGCAGUGGGACAAACCCUGAAAUAUGACCACUAGAUGGCAGAAUGCGUGCCACCAUUCCCUCAAACACGUUAACACUCGUGAAAAUCAGCCAGCACUUGAAUUUUAAGAGGCAGAGGGAGCCUCACUGCAACAUUUGUUUUAACCCUUUUAUUUUAUAGCUGAAUAAAUAAACAUAGAAAGGAGUGAUCUGAGCAAGAAACAGUUGGGUCUCUUAACUCAAGAGUGCUGUGACUCCCGGUAUAUGCCUGUUUCACUGAUCACAGCACAGCGUCUUUUUUUUUUUUUUUAAUUAAAAAAAUUUUUUUGGUUGUGUCAGGAAGAUCUGCUGGAGAAGGGA